UUAGUAUUUGAAUUUACACCGGACCAACGAACCAUAUUUAACACCAUUUUGGUUUGCAUCGAUAUAGACCAUGUAUGGUGUCAAUUUGGUGUUAAAAUGGUCAUGAAAUUUUGAACAGUGUAGCUACUCCCAAAGAUAAUACUUUAUUAUCUUUGGCUACGCCACUGAUGUUAUGUGUUGUGAAACGUCCAUUUGACAAUAUUUUUGUAGAAAAGUUUAAUUUUUUUUCAAUAAAAUUUGUAUCCUAACAUUUUUAACGUAUCUCUAUAUAAAAUGGCUGAAGAACCGAAUGUCGAAGCAGCCCAGCCCGAAAAGAAGAAACCCAGGGAGUUCGUGUUCAACGACCCGGACUCGUGGCCAGAGUGUUGCACAGAAGCGAAAAACCAAUCGCCAAUCGACAUACAAACGAGCGAGGUGAAACGCGAACGCUUUCCGCCGUUCCGUUUCAAAAACUACCGCAAGAAGUUCAACGCUUUGAUAGCGAACAACGGGCAGAAUCUCACGAUGGUGUGUUGCGACUGCAACGAAGAUCAAAUCUUGGUGUCCGGAGGGUGUUUCGAGGACGAGCAAUACGAGCUGUACAAAAUAUUUUUUAAAUGGCCGGCAGAACACGAGAUAAACGGCCAAAGCUACCCGUUAGGCGUGCAACUGGUGCACCAGUCGAAAAAAUACCCCAAAAUGGAGGAUGCUCUGAAAAAUAACGCUGUGGUUGUAUUGGAAAUAUUCGCGGACACUAAAAAUCACAGACAUAGCAACAUAUUUGGCACAAUCGCGCGACAAAUACCGCAAGUAAUGAAGGAAAUUAAGAAGCCUGCUAUGUUGAACCGAAAAAUUCGUUUGGCCGAUUUUCUUCCACCAGAUACUGACAUGUAUUUCACUUACACUGGUUCCAUACCUAGUCCGCCUUGUUCCGAAGGGGUUACAUGGGUGGUUUUUCAAAAACCCAUUCAUAUUUGCGGGUUACAAUUAAAGAUGUUUUCUUGUAUAAGGGAUAAAGAGGGAGAGCCCAUUUUGGAAAAUUGCAGAUCUUUGCAAAAGUUAAAUGAGCGGGUGAUUAUAUCCAGUGAACCUUGUUAAAAUAUAAAUAAAUAUUUAGGGA